AUGCAGGUAACAAAGAUACCUUAUCCAAGAUCUAGACAGCUUCUUACACCUACAGCUUCGACAUCUAUAAAAAAUGAUCCUCCCCAAGAAGAUCCAGACACCCCCAGAAAGAAGCAUCUUAGAAGACAACUUUUUGCAGAAAGGGUAAAGAGCCAAGAGAAAUCCAGAGAAAUAAAAGUUUUGAAUCAGCGGGUGAGAAGACUGAAAAGACAUAUUGUUUCUCUCAAUCAAAUAGUGAAAGACUUAAAACAAAAUAAUUUGGUAUCUUCUGAAAGCUCAGUUCUGCUUGAAAACAUGCCAGAAAUUACGAAGCAAUUACAAAAGCGUAAGUUGGGAAAAAGCUUCAGUAUUCUCCAGAACUGUGAAAGUUUGCAAUUACUUUAUGUUUUUUCUCCCCAAGAGGAUAUGGUUAUGUACAAAAUGCUUUUGAAACCUGUUUACCCCAUAGAAGCACUAUAG